AUGGCCGCGAAGUCGGACGGCGGCGGCGGUGGCGGCGGCCCGGCCGUGCGGCUGGAGAGCCCGGAGGGCGGCGGCGGGAGGCGGGCGGGCGGCGCGGCACCCCCGGCGCGGCGGUACCGGCUGCGGGACGGUUGCUGGGUGCUCUGCGCCCUCCUGGUUUGCUUCGCGGACGGUGCCUCGGACCUGUGGCUGGCGGCCCACUACUACGUGCGGGGGCAGCGGUGGUGGUUCGGGCUGACGCUGCUGUUCGUGCUGCUGCCCUCGCUGGUGGUGCAGCUGCUCAGCUUCAGGUGGUUCGUCUACGACUUCGCCGCCGGCACCAAGGACAGCGCCGGCAGCACCAAGGACAGCGCCCGCGGCCCCCGCGGCUGCUGCCGCCUCUGCGUCUGGCUGCUGCAGGGCCUCAUCCACCUGCUGCAGCUGGGGCAGGUCUGGAGGUACCUCCGCACACUGUACCUGGGGCUGCAGAGCCGGUGGCAGGCUGAGCAUCGCCGCCGCCACUUCUACUGGCGGAUGAUGUUCGAGAGUGCAGACAUCAACAUGCUCCGGCUGCUGGAGACUUUCCUGAAGAGCGCGCCCCAGCUUGUGCUGCAGCUCAGCAUCAUGGUGCAGCAGAACAGCAUCGAACCGCUGCAGGGGCUCUCAGCCUCGGCCUCGCUGGUCUCCCUGGCAUGGAUGAUUGCCUCCUACCAGAAGGUGCUGCGGGACUCGCGGGAGGACAAGAUGCCCAUGUCCUACAAGGGGGCUGUGGUGCAGAUCCUGUGGCACCUCUUCACCAUCGCUGCCCGCGCCAUCGCCUUCGCCCUCUUUGCCUCUGUGUUCCAGCUCUACUUCGGCAUCUUCAUUGUCACCCACUGGUGCAUCAUGACCUUCUGGAUCAUCCAGGGUGAGACAGACUUCUGCAUGUCCAAGUGGGAGGAGAUCAUCUACAACAUGGUGGUGGGCAUCAUCUACAUCUUCUGCUGGUUCAAUGUCAAGGAGGGACGGAGCCGCUACCGCAUGUGCAUCUACUAUGUUAUCACAUUGUCGGAGAACGCUGCCCUGACUAUCCUCUGGUUCCUUUACUACGACCGCAAGACCACCUCCGACUUCGACGCCUUAAUCCUCGUCUGCGUGGUCAGCUCCAGCUUCGCCCUCGGCAUCUUCUUCAUGUUCAUCUACUACUGCCUCUUGCACCCCAACGGCCCCAUGUUCAGCCCCCGUGGCGGGGGCUGCAUUUUCCGGCAGCGGCCGGCCCCAGUACCAGGGUCGCCUGCAGACGCUGUCACCAGCCCCCCCCGCUCACUGCCACGGACUACAGGGGGGGAGCGGGAUGGGGCACCGGGGGAGCGGGACAGCUGUGUGCCCGUCUUUCAGGUGAGACCCUGCGCCCCACCGGCGCCUGCUGCCCGCGCCCCGCGGACAGAGGGACCCGUCAUCCGCAUUGACCUGCCCAGGAAGAAGUACCCAGCCUGGGAUGCUCACUUCAUCGACCGGCGCCUGCGAAAGACCAUCCUGGCACUGGAGUAUGCGUCGCCCACCACCCCACGCCUGCAGUACCGCACUGCCGGCGCCCCCCAGGAGGUGCUGGAGUACGAGACCACCGUGUAGGGCAAGGGACGCGGGGUCCCAGCAGGGGCCUCCUGGUGCCACCCCACGUCUUCGCAGCCGUUUGCCUUUCUGUUGGGUUUGCUGGCACUGCUGCUGUGCUGAGCACCCCAUGGGUGGGGGCCGGGGAGGUCUCUUGGUGCUAUCACCCACUGCGCCACCCUCCCACAGCCAAGACCCCCAUCCCACCUGCUGGCAGCCACCCCAGCUCCCCCUGGGGAUUGUCCUUGCCAAAAUACCUCACCGGUGCCUCAUCCCAAGGUGGUGGCUGCUGUGGCCUCACAGCGCUUGACUGGGUCAGUGGUGCAGGAUGGGGAAUGGGGGCACCCUCGGGCUGGGGGCUGGCAGCUGUGAGGGGCUUGGGGCACAGCGGGGCAUGGCACAGCCUGGGUGGGCAGCACAUGGGGACACAGGUGCCAGGGCUGCCCCGUGCCUGUGCUGUGGCAGGGCUGUGGGGCUGGAGCGCAGCUGCACCGGGGUGUGCAUGGGGCUCCUGUCACUCCCAGGGAGACAGGGCAGGGGACAGCCGGGGUCCUGCCAGCCCCCCCAUGUCUCCUGCCUCCCCUCUGCCCUGCAAUGCCAGCCAUGGGGGAGCCCCUUCAUCUCCAUCCUUGGUUGUCCCAGCUCAGGGUUGAGCCAUGCCCUUACUCCACAGAGUGCCCACUGCCCUGUGGGGUGCAGACCCUGGCCCAGGGAGCCCUUCAUGGGCAGGCACUGACCCUGCUUCCCCCAGCACUGAGCUGGGUCCCCGGCUCCAGCUGGGGCAACAGGGGAUGGCUGUGCCCCAUUGUCCCCCCAUCCCCAUGGGAACCACUUCAUCUCAUUGGAUUUGUUUUCACCUGAAUGGUGAUAUUUUGUGUGACAUUUUCUACCUCCGCUGAGGCUGGGGGAGGCAGGGCCUGGCUGGUACUGCUGGAGGGGCAUGUGGGGCUGCCAGUAUUCCUGGGGCUCCCCAAAGUGGGAUUCACACCCCAGUCAUUCUUCCCUCCCGGGUUUGUCAUUGCUUCCCACCUGGGAGUGUUUCCAUCCAUCCCUCCAUUGGCAUCAGUCCCCUCCAGCUUCCCAGUAUAAACAUGAGCCAUGAUCCUGCCUGCCCCUGCCUCCCCCUGACUGUCCCUGCCAGUCCCUGCCUCCUCAGAGGAGUGGGACUACCCUGGGCUCCAGGUUUGAAUGUGUUCCCUGGUCCUGCCCAGGUCCCUUGGUGUGCCCCUGCCCAAAGGGCUGUGCUGAAUGUACCCUGUGCCCGCCGGGGCCAGGUGUGUCCCAAGUGAGGGGUGUGUGAGCAUGUGUAUGUGUGUGUGUGUGCGUGUGCAGGGGGGCUGGAAGGGGUUUGCAGGGCAGGGGAGCUGCCAGACCCUGUGGUUGUGCACCACCUUGACCCCUCGUCCCCCUGCACCCACAGCCCCUGUGCCUUCCCCACAACCCCCACACCGCCCACGCUGGCCCCGCAGGGUCCCAGCCCCGGCUGCCUGGAGCUGUGGUGCCAAGUGCUGCCCUGGGCAGGGGAGCACGGGCAGCCCCACACUGGCCCCACCAUGCUAUGAGGCACCAAGGCACCGCAUGAGGCGCCACACAGGCCAUGGGGAGAGCUGGUGUGGGGGAGCUGCCCCGGGAAUGGCUCUGGAUGCCACCCACCAGGCCGGGGUGCUGGGUCUCCAAGGGAUGGUGUGGGUGCAUGGCCAGGGCAGGCAGGUGCACAGUGUUGGUGGCAUCACGUUGCUUUUGUUUCCCAUUUCUCUGUAGCUGGAAGGCGGGGGUGACAGCACGCUGGGGCAGGCUGUCACUGGGGUCACUGGUGCUAACUGGUGCUAACUGAAAGCCUCGGAAACCCUUUUGGAGGAGGAUGCAGAGCAUGGCUGGGGCUGGGCAGCGGGCUGGGCACCCCACGACCUGCACCCCUCCUUCACCACUGGCAAUGGACAGACCCCGGCAGUGGGUGUUGAGCUGUGCCAAGGACAGCACUGGGCAUGGGGUGGCUCUGCGGGGGGGGUCUCUUUUCCUCAGGGAAGGUCAGGGGCAGCAGCCAGAGGAGCUGGGCUGGGGCUGGGGCUCACCCCUGCAGGCGCUGAGUGGCAGCACUGCAGCCUCCACAUGGUGCCCAGGCAAUGGUGGCUCCUCACCAGGUUCCAGAGCCUGGAAGUCACCAGGGAUGGGCUGCAUGGGGACUGGGGACCAGUGUGGGGUGGCUCCUCUGGCUCCCCCCAGCCCCAUCCCCUCUGCCCAUUCCCCCAAGGGCAUGGAGGAGCUGCUAGUUGGGGCAAUCUGCACCCCACUCCAUGCCCUUCUCCCCCGUGGUAUGUGUGGGGGACCCGGGGCUGCACCAGUGGGACUGAGGGACACUUUUCUAUGCACUCAAGCCACGGUACCCUCAGCCCUGGGCUGCUCCAGGCAGGGAUCUCGGCAAUGGCAGGUGGCACUGAGCCUCUGCCCAUAUGGUGCUGCCCUGCUCAGAACGGGGAGCCCAGCUGCGCAAGGGGCACAGGGCAGCCGUGGGACCCACUCCCAGCCCCGGGGCUUGGCUGCCCCCCUGCCACCUGCCCAGCCUAUGCUGCAGGGGAAGCCAAACCCAGCGCCCCAGUGCUGGUGGCAGCACUGGGAUGGUGGCAUCUGCCCACUAUGACAGUGGCAAGGGGGCGCAACCUGGGGCCG